GAGGGGGCAGUGAUCAACAGUGAGUGAGCGAGAGAUAGAACUGCAGCAGACCUGGAUCAGAUAGCAGAGAUAGAGAGAAAGAGCGAGAGACAGAGAAAGAAAAGAGGGUGACUGUAUGGAUUGGACAAGGUUGGGGGAAACGUUAAACAAGUGGACCCCUCCAGAGAGAGAGAGAGAGAGAGAUCCUCAAAGAUCAUUCGGACCGAAAUAUCAUGCUUCUUUUCCCAGAAAAUUGUUACCUAGAGAGGUUACCUUUGGGGGUUCUGGUCAUUUGCGAAGGGCUACUUUCCUUCCCAAUUUUCUCAUCUAUCUAUUUCUGAAAACGAGAGCACACAGAACCCAGAGCACCUAUCGAGUGCGUCUUGCUGGAACAGGUGUUGUGUAGCGGUACAGUCCCUGUCCUGUCACUGCGUUGUGUUGUGCAGACACUUUUCCUGAACGGAGAAAGAGACUAUUGACAACCAGGACCGAUCGAGAUGAAGAAGCUCAGCGGCUUUUUCCGGUUCUGCCUCACUCGGAUGGAGUGGUUCUACCCAUAAAGGAUCUGAAGAGAAUUAGCCAGAACCCAGCAGAGAACAUGCUACAGUUUGGCUAAAGAACCUUAGCGAGCAGAAGGGGAACUGGAAAACCUCUGUGGAAAUCUCUGUACCUCUGUUUUAGAGCAGUUGGAGAAAGGGAACUUUAACUUGAACAAAUAGGGAUCAUCACAUCACAAGGUCAGGAAGGGUGUGUCUAGGACCCAUUUGGCCACUUGGACAGAGAUCUGUUUUGGCAUCAGGGGGGAACUGCCUAUGCCCAUUUCCUGUGAUCCCCAGUGCUAUUUCCCGCAUCUCGACUACCACUCUGACUGUUGAGUUGGAGCAGCGACUCUCUGGUGCCCCACUGGCUGAGCCUGACUUGGUCAUGAGUGUGGUCGGGGCGCACCGCUACAGCAUUGUGUCCUCGGAGGAAGAAGGCCUGCGUCUCGGUGCCAUGCCUUCCGUCACAAUGGGCAACGGCUUCGGUAACGGCAAGAUCCACACGACGCGCCGCAAGUGCCGCAGCCGCUUCGUGAACAAGAACGGCCAGUGCAAUGUGCACUUCUCGCACAUGGACGAGAAGUCGCAGCGCUACAUGUCGGACAUCUUCACCACGUGCGUGGACAUCCGCUGGCGCUGGAUGUUCCUGAUGUUCACACUGGUGUUCGUGGUGUCCUGGCUGGCAUUCGGCCUGGCCUUCUGGGUCAUCGCUUUGCUUCACGGAGAUAUGGACAACCCGGGUGGUGGAGACGAUAACUUCACCCCCUGCGUCCUGCAGGUCAACAGCUUUGUGGCCGCCUUCCUGUUCUCCGUGGAGACACAGACCACCAUUGGUUAUGGCUUCCGCUGCGUGACGGAGGAGUGCCCCUCAGCCGUCUUCAUGGUGGUCUUCCAAUCCAUUUUCGGCUGCAUCAUCGACUCCUUCAUGAUUGGUGCCAUCUUAGCCAAGAUGGCGCGGCCUAAGAAGCGUGCAGAGACGCUACUGUUCAGCAACAAUGCAGUGAUCGCCAUGCGGGAUGGGAAGCUGAGCCUUAUGUGGAGGGUGGGCAACCUGAGGAAGAGCCACAUGGUGGAGGCCCAUGUCCGGGCCCAGCUCAUCAAGCCCCGCAUCACAGAGGAGGGUGAGUACAUCCCCCUGGACCAGAUCGACAUCAACGUAGGGUAUGACACGGGCAUUGACCGCAUCUUCCUGGUCUCUCCGCUCACCAUUGUGCACGAGAUCGAUGAGGAGAGCCCCCUGUUUGGCAUCAGCAAGCAGGACCUGGAGUUGUCCGACUUUGAGAUAGUGGUGAUACUUGAAGGGAUGGUGGAAGCCACAGCCAUGACAGCGCAAGCUCGCAGCUCCUACCUGUCCUCAGAGAUUCUGUGGGGUCACCGCUUCGAGCCUGUCGUCUUCGAGGAGAAGAGCCAGUACAAAGUGGAUUACGCUCACUUCCACAAAACCUUUGAGGUGCCAUCCACCCCCCAGUGCAGUGCCAAGGACAUGGCGGAGAUGGAGGAUGAGGACAAGGAUCCUACGCCCACCGCCAACACUUUCUGCUAUGAGAAUGAGCUGGCUUUCAUCAGCCAGGACGAGGAAGAGGAUGAGGAGGGGGAGGAGGAUGGGGACAGGGUGCCAGAGCUGGAGAGACUGCAGGCCACCGUCAGCCUAGACCAGAGGUCAUAUCGUAGAGAAUCAGAGAUAUGACCUUUGACAUUUGACCUUUCAAAAUAGUUUUCUUGUAACUCAGUUCUAGCGGGUUGUUUUCCAUGUGAAUACAUGCAGAGCAAUGCAAGUGCCAUAUGAAACCCAUGACUUAUGUGUUCGCAUCACGCUACAGCCAUGAGGAAGGAGGAAAUCACUCUGAAACAGCCAUGCUUGCUCAUAGCAUGGAGUAACAGGAACAGUCAUAAAAAAGACCCCUCUCUCUUUAAGAAAACUUUAAAUCUUUUGGUCAUGAGAUGGUUUGAGGUAGGAGCUUUAUAUAAUGCAAUAUUCAUUGUCUAUUAGGAAAUAAUAUCUUAGCUAUAAAAAAAUAUAUAUUGAUUUCUUAGUUGAGUGUGUGAAGUAUUUUCAACAGAUCAAGAGGGGAUUUUGGGGGAUUCUUACAACUGCCCUAUGUUGUAGUUUACAGAGUCAAAGAGGCAGAGUGUGCUGGAAAUAGAAACACUGGAUACCUACUGCUGUUUAGUUAAACAUUUUAUAUAUGCACACCUGUAGUUUUAAAGGUGCUUUCCAUAAACAUUGCCUGCUGCUAAUUAGCUAUUUGAAAUAAAUAUGAAAUAUAAACUUCAAAUUGGAAGAAUACAGUGAUAAAAUGCAUAAAUGCAUACGUUUGCGUUGUGUAUUUUGCAAUUUGAAUCCCUUAGAAAGUGAACAAUUGAUAGCAUGAAAGUAGAUUUUGUUAUAUUACUGGGAAUCUGUAUAGAAAACAAUUAGUGGGCACAAUUUACUAUCAAGUGAACAAAACACUAUGUUUUGCUGUCUAAAUCKCUCUCUAGCAAUUGCACCCCACCYCUUUAUUUGUUUUGAACAGGGAAUCUGAUUGAUUUAGACAGCUCCAGUUAUUGCACACAGCUGAACGGCAGACCAGGCAUUGAUAAAGCACAGUUACAGGUUAGCUCGUACCGAAAUCUAGCACAAAUAGAACAAAGCACUGCAUUAAGGGGCUACACUCGGCUACACUUGAAAAUCAAACAAAUUAACCCAWUAGCCACCGCACAAAAGCAAAAGAUUGGCUAACAAAAGAACGGUAGCCUUAGCUGUAUAUUAGGCUACAUUUCAGCUGAUAAUACUAAAAUGGGAGUUGGCUGGGUGACUGAGGUUAAAGACCAGAUAAUAUAGAACUGUAGAAUUGACCUACUGACAGACAGUCUUACCAAAAACCUUAAAACAGAGGAAAUAAGUGAAAAGUGGGAAUAAAGUAUGGUACGGUACUAAAAAUGGGUAUAUAAUUUGCACUGUUACAUCUCCUUCCAGUCAUCACAUUGGCUGAAGAGACAUCAAUCAAGACAUGGGUCAUGUUCAUCAGGCACCAAAAGGGAAUAAAAACAGAUUAAAACAGGAACCGCAAAUUUUUGUUCACUAUUGCAUAUGUUUUGAAACGUUGUGUGCCCUAAUGAACACGGCCAUGAGGUUGCUUAAAGAGGAGAUACCAUUGGACAUCCCUAAACAGACCCAAAGGAGGAAAUAGUGAGAAAUAGAAUAAUGGAGAGAGACAAAAGAGGAUUACAUUAGCGACCUGUUCUCCCACAAGGGCUCUUUGCAGACAGGCAGCACUUGGAGAAAUGAACAUGUCUAAUUACAGUACGGGGGGAAUAUGUAACAUAAUUUAAUAAAUUAAAUGUGUUGUAGAAAUWGAUUACUGCCUGCAAAACUUGUCACCACGAAUUAGAAAAACUCUGGGUGGGAAAUAGUGCCAAAUGGUACCUAUUCCCUACAUAGUGCACCACUUUUGACCAGAACCCAUAGUACUUAUUCCCUACAUAGUGCACUGCUUUUGACCAGAGCCCUAUAGGUGUGUAGGGGAUAGGAUGCCAUUUGUGAUGCAAUCCUUGUUCUUUCUGCUUUUCAUAUCUGAACUAUGCACCUUAGAUACCGUUUUUUUUAAAGAAGAGUGAAAAUUAAUAACAACACGAAAACAAUACUAUAGAGUCAAGACAGGUCAUUAAUUUAGGUUCAACACAACAGUAAGUGUACACCUGACAGAUUUGGAAAUUUGUCAGUAUUAUGGUAGUAGAUCAGAAACUCUCUUAGGUUAGGUUACUACUGUUUAACUUACACCAAUUUAUGCUACUCCAGUUUUGAACGGGAAUCAAGAAGUGUAUGGUGGUACUACAGUGGUUUAUGUUAAAUUAAAACUGGGUUGUACAGUCCUGCUAUCCAGAAUACGCCUUGUCUAUCAAGGUCCAUUCAGAUAAGCAUUAUUCUCAAGGUGAAGCUUGCUGUUGGCUUUUGUGGGCGUGUAUCAGAACCUCUCAUGUUGUAUCCGAUCCAAUCAACUGACUCUUAUUAUUCAAACCCUUGGCGAUAGACAGAAGAUAGGUCCAAAAUAGACCUCCUGAUGCUUCUUUUCUUUCAACACUUUCAAGCAACACAAAACUUUGGCUUCAAGCCCUAACUACCCGUCGGGACUCUUCUUCCCAAAUGAAACCUAAACCAAAGUUGUGUACUGGACUGUGUAGUCAGAGCCAGAUAGAGCUGGUUUUAGUGCAUGAGCUUGAGCAAUACUCGUCCAUGUACUGUAUGUGUCAGGUUGCGAUAUCCAAAAUGGCACUCUAUUCRCUAUAUAGUCUACUAUGGUGCUCUUGCUCUGGUAGAGCAAAGUAAAAUAGAGUACUACAGUACAUAGAGAAUAAGGUGCCAUUAAGGGCGCACCCUCAGUCCUCCCUACAAACCCAACAGAGCCCCAGGACACUGUAUGGAGGAUCCACAGACCGGUCAAACAGGUUACUGUUUUCUAGUAUAUUUUUGUAGAGUACCAGAAGUCCUUGUCCCUCCUACUGCACAAAGUAACUCACUAUAUAGCCUAUAAUAGUUUUUGUGGCAAUCUUUCAUAGAGUAGACAUUAGAGACAUAGAAAUGUCUUGUAUAGAAUGGCCAUCACCUUUUGAAAAGCAAUGUUGGAUGGAUGCCAGUCAGAUGGCUAAUGAACUUGGAGGAGUAGUGGUUUGACGAAAUAUUCAAGUAAUUGUUGAUUUUUUUGUUUUGUUUCAGAACUUUGUGUAAUUCACACACUAUCUGAUCUGUUAAAUUGUGCGGCUAUAUCGUUUUGUUCAUAAUAAUUCAUGUGGAAUGGAGAGAACAGUAUCAAUACAUUGUAAUUCUAAACUAGCUCUCACAGUCUCACGUCAGAAUUAGAKGUUCAUCCAUGUCUCUCAAACGUCCAAUUUCUAAGUUCUUCCAAACGUCAAAUUGUGUACUUAGACAUUAACUCCACAUUUUGUGGAGUUAAAAACUUAAAAACAACUUUCUUUCACUGAAUUUGAACAUGCAACCUUUGACAGCAGAUGCAUAUGCUUACCCACCAUCCCUGUCUACAAUAUCUAAACAAAACCAAAACCUARUUGAAGGUAACGGUGCUCCCUGUUGCACCUAGUGGCCAGUUUCCACGUCAUAUCAGAUAUUGAUAUAUGUCGACUACUGACUGGUGUCACGGGUGAACUGGCUGGUAAUUCUACAGCAUCACAUUAUUUAGCUUUCUGGGAAGGUAAACACAUGGCAAGGAAGAUUGGUUGCGUCCAAAUGGCACGAUAUAUCAUGCACAACUUUGGGCCCUGGUCAAAAGUAGUGCACUUUGAAGGUGCUCUUGAAGGGAAACGUGCUGCUACUACUGUUGUCGUAGUAGCAGGUGUCGUCUCCGUAAUAAUGAUGGCAAUGGGCGAUCAUAGAGAUGCAAAACCAUCAUCAACAUCUGCUUUAUCUACGGUAUCAUAGGGUAGUGGAUGACCAUUGAUAUUUAAUGAGUCGAAUUAACACUUUUGAUACCCAAUUCCCUAUAUAGUGCACUACCUAUGCCCUGGUCAAAAGUAUUUCACUAUGUAAGGAAUAGGGUGCCAUUUGUGACUUAGACUUAGUUAUCCAUGACUCUUAGUAAUACUCCCAUAUGGGUCCGUAGAUAGGGCAGUCUGUCUAUGUGCAGUGGAAUCUUACUUGCUCACUAUUUUCAUAAAUCAACACUAUUCUAUUUUUAUAUCAAUCUUGGUGAGCUGGUUUUUCUUCUUAAUAUCUCUGAAUAUGCUUGGAGGAUGAGGAAAGGGUUUGAGUUAGCUUGAUACUUGAGCACAAACUGAAACUGAAAACCUGGGGAUGAGGAGAGGGAAUUGGGGGGAAGAUACAAACUGAAACUGCAUUCAAACUGAGCUUUUAGCACGUCAUAACUACUGAUCUAUAAUCUCUAAAUCUAGAUUUAAAAUAUCAUUAACAUAAGCCAUCAGAUGAUACCAACCAGAAAGUUGUGGAGAUAUAAGAGAUGUCCGAGCUGCUCACUAAGUCUCUGAUUAAAACUAAUUGCUAUUUAUCUUCAGAAAGGAGAAGGGAUUCGGUAACUGACUCGACUGGAUGGACUGGUUGAACUUUGACCUCUAUCGGACGUCUUCCACUCUCUGAACGAGCCCGAGAUGCUGAAUUACACUGACUGGGUUGUUGUUGAUAUAUUUUUCUCCRACCUUUUGGUUUAUUUCAAUGAACAAUAAACGAUGAAAACUUUAAUAAA